AUGAUUCUCAGCGGUCUCCAAAUCGUCAACCGUCAACUGGUUCGGAACCUGCAAAACGUCAUUCAACAGCAACAACCAUGCGGUAUCGACCUUACACUCCGCCAAGUUUCCAAAUGGACAUCAGCGGCAACAAUUGAUUUCGACAACUCGAAGCGCCAAGCAGCCAAAGUCUCAAGCCUGCCUUUCAACGAUGACAGCCAGGGUAUCACACUACCGCAAGGGGCUUAUUUGGUUGAUUUCAACGAAACUGUCCACGUUCCAUUGAACUGCAUGGCAAGUGUGUUUCCUAGAUCAUCGCUAUGGCGGUCUGGAGUGGGGAUCCAUGCUGGGGUCAUUGAUGCUGGGUAUAACGGGGCGAUGGGUGCGUUGAUGGAAGUUAAGAACCCGCAUGGAGUGAUUAUGUACAAAGAUUCAAAGCUUGCACAGAUUGUGUUCGAGGAGAUGACAGAGAAUGUCGAGGGGUAUAGUGGUGUUUAUCAGUCUUCGACGAGUAGCGCUGGACGGGAUGGACAGGGAAAGUCAUAA